AAUGACUGCUUGUACCAUGAAUGUUGUAUAGUUGCAUAGGUAAGUAAAUAAAAAAUGGAACCAAAUAUCUACUAUGAAGUAUAUUUCAAAAAAAAAUUAUUGGCUCAUUGAUAAAAUAAUAAAAUAAACUUUGGGUAAAACAAUUAAAACAUGAAAAGCUACAAACAAAUAAUCCUUAAAAUUUCAUUUGCUGCACUGUUAUAAUUGCAAACAUAAAAUUAUUUGUGAGAACUAUUUAUAAACACAUCCAUAUUAUUACUAUUUUUCUUGUAUUUGAGUGUGCUGUGUAUUAAGUUUGCAUUAUAUGUAAAUAAUUACCAUUAAAGUACAACUCAAAUGCCCCAGUUGAAAUGAGCAUUCCUUCAAACAUAUUUGAGCCGAAAAAUACAACAAGACAUGCAUAAAUUUUAUUUGAUACACACCAAAUCCACCAAUUUGGUUGAUCUUUGCCAAUGUAUUCAAAAAAAUUAACGCCAGACCCAAUAGCAAUUAUAGUUAACAUUUUUGCAACACUCUAGAAAAAAAAAAUAUAUAUAUAUAUAUAUUUCAUAUCAAAAUCAGUUAUUUAAUAAAAAUAAUUUUUAAACCAACCAACUUACCAAUAUUUUAGCUCCAAUUAAAUGCAUUAUUGAUGGAUUAUAAUUUGCACCAACAAUGUUAAGUUCAGGAUAUUUGUCUUCAAGAAUACUCGAAUAGUGAUCAAAUGCUUUUUGAUAACCACAAGAAUAACUAAAAAAUAUAUUAAAUUAAAUUAAUUAUACUUAUGUUAUCAUACAUAUAUAUAUAUAUAAUAAAUACAAUCAUCAGAAUGUUUUGAAAUUCAGAUUUCUAUAAAUAUUUCUAAUCAAAUUACAACAAAACUAUAAAUAAUGAAAGUUAUUUACAUUUUAUGUCCUUUCUACAUGUUUUACCAAAUAUUAAACUACAGAAAAUAUGUAAUUUAAAAUGCUGAUAACUCAAAAACUAAAUACAAUUACUAAAUAAUAAUUAAUAAGCCCCAUUCACAAUUGUAAGAGAUGCCAACCUAUGAUGUAGUUAUUUAACUUACUAAGCGAAAAUCGAAAUUAGUAUGUAACCUACUUGUAUUAUAGGGUAACAUAAUAUGUGUGCUUACUUAUUUAUAUAAUUUCAAUACAAAUAUAACUAGUUUUUAGUUUUUACUCAUAUACCAUCCUACCUCAUUGACAAUAAUAUUUUCAGUAUGUAUCUUGUUGUGUGUGUAAUAAGAUGUUUACAGUUAAAUUGUAUAGAAUAAUCAGUUAUAGAAUUUUUUACAAAAACCAUAAAUAUUACCACAAAAUAACAAAAUUAGUUCACAAAGAAUUACAGUGAUACUAAGAAGCACGUGGAUGUAGUCACCGUUGUAGGUUAAAAGUUAGGAAAGUAGUAGAGAAGAAAUUUAAUGAAUAACUGUAAGCAAUGAUAAACCAUUGCUAAGGAAAAAACGAUUCUGAGCGGAGUUCAGUAGAUAGUGUUGCUUUGUCAACAAUUAAUGGGAAAAUCAAAAAAUUACCUACUUAAAGUACCUCCAGAGUCAGAUUUUCUUUUAGAAAAAGUAUAAUCACUGUAAAUCUGAGCAAAAUUGCUGGUUGAAAAGUUGUUCAAAUAAUAAAUAAGUAAAAGAUAAACAUCUUUGUAAAACCACAAUCCACUCAGAAUCUAAAAAAAAAAACUAUUAGCCAUGAGUGAAUUCGAGAAAUCACCACUUUAAAAUGUAUCAUAAAAGGUGUCAGUCAUAUUAAUUGAUACAAAAACAAAUUAAUUUUUAAGAUAUCUUAAUGAAGAUCUUAAUUCAUGAUGCAACUCAAAACUCAGUUAGGGGCAAAUAGGUACUAGAACCUGUUAUUGGUUGCAAGAUUUACCAGGUUUGGAACGCAUAAAACUAGUAGUUGUAUAUGUUUUAUAUAUUAUAAUUUAUAUUUUAUUUUUUUUUUGGCCGCAAUUGAACAGAAAUUAACAGAUAAAAUAAUUAUCAAUCAAAUUUGAUCAUCAUUUGAUAUAUCUUAUAAGUAAUAAUUUGUUAUAUUAAUUACUAAAUUCAUCUUUAUUUUUUAUUAAUAACUAAUAAUUUUUAUAAUAUAUUAUAUAUAUUACCAAAAAAUAAUUUGUUUUGUUUUUAUUUUAUUCUAAAUUUAAGAAAAUUCACUAAGUUGAUGUGAUUUGUUAAUUUGUUAAAUUAAUGUAUAAAUUUAAAAACUUAUUAAAAUUUUAAAUGUACAGUAUUAUCAUUAUUAUAAUAAACUUUUAAAAAAAAAAAAAAAAAGUAUUAGUCGUUAUAAAGUUUUAUACAUUAAACAUUUAUACACAUAUAUUACUAACCCUGAGAUUUACCCAUUACAACUGUUUGCAAUGCAGUUGUAACUUGUAACAUAAGGUAAUUAUUAGAAAUUAAAAUGGCUAUUACUAAGAAACCAUUGAUCAAAUAUGAAUGCAUGAUACAUUAAAAUGUUUAGAAUAAUAUACUUAACAAAUUACUUACUUUAAAAAUUUUAAAAAGUAAAAAAUAAAAUUAUUUUUCUUGAUUGGAUGAUAUUCAAUGAUAGGGAUGAAAUGAAAAAUAAAAAAAAAAAUGAAUAUUGACAAUUAUUAGUAUUUAGAUAACACUAUAUAAUAUAUAAUAUUUUAUAUUAAUUUUAUUAUUUACACGCAGAAAAGUUAUUUAUAGACAGAUCUAGUUGUUCACAAAGCAAGCCAUUUUUGAUUUCUCAGUAGUAUUCAUAAUAAUUGGGAAAACCAGAAAAUAGGAGAAAUUAAAAUGAACAAAUUUACAGCAUACAAUUUCAUUAUUAAAAAAAUUUUCCGAAUUAUAUUUUCUACCAGAAAUCUUGUUGACCUUUGUUGAAUUUUUAAUCUAGAUGGUGAGUAGGUAAUUUGUUUUUAAGUUUCUAAGUAAAUUUUUUUUUAGAUUCUAAGUGAAGCAAGUAAUGUCAAUAUGUUCCUCCAAGUUUUACAACAUUUAUUUUUUAUAUCAAUGAACAACUUUUUUAACAGAAAUCUUGCCUCAAUUUUUAAUUGUAGCACUUUUUCUGAAAGUAAAUUUUCCUGAGGUGGUACUUCAAGGAGGUCAUUUUUUAAUUUUCUAAGUGGUUUUCAUAAUAAAUGAAAAAAAUUGUAAAAAUGUAUGAGUUGUAUUAUUUUUAAAUUGUAAAUGUAAUAGCCUUUCAAUACAUGUAUAACAGAACUCCAAUCAGAAUCGUUUUUCGUUAGCAAUGGUUUAUCGUUGUUUACAGAUAUAAAUUAAAUAACUUUAUGUAUCCUACCGUCCUGACUUAUCACCUACAACAGUGGCACAUCUAUCAGCAGUAGGCAGUAAGCUAAUAUCAGCUUUUUUUUAUUUUACCACUAAUUACUAAGUACAACUUAUUAAUAAAUAUUCUGUAUAGUUUUCUUGCAUACCGACCAUGAAGGGAGAUUAGUGAUAUUGGAAAGUUAAUUUUUGGAUAUAAGGUCGAUCAUGUACUUAUAGAUGAUUGUUCCAAAUUUCAGCCUGGCUAGGGAAUGAAGUACCUGGUUCGGGGUAGUUUAGUCAGGUCAGUAAAUAAGUCUUCUCCUAAUAAAUCUCGUUUUAAUCUUCAAGUAUCUCUACUUUGUCAAACAAUUUUAUCCACAGAGUACAUACCAAAUAAAAACUACAUGAAAACCAGCAAAUGCCAUAUCACAGAAUAUUUUGAAAAUAUUUUUUGAAAAAAACAAAAAAGGUCUCAAUAUAUUUUUGAAUGAAUUGAGAUUUCUGGUAGAAAACAUAAUGCGUACAAAUUUUAAAUAAUAAAAUCGGUAAUGCUUCAUAAGUUUUUCCUAAAUAUUUUUCUCCGGUUUUUCAGCGUUAUUUUGAAAACCGCUCGGAAAAUUAAAAAAUAAUCACCACAAUGUUCCAACUUGAACCAAAAUGCAACAAAAAAUGUCACUUUUUGUCACUUUUUACUUCAGAUCACUGACAUAAAAUAAUUUUAUGUUUAUAAAUAAAUUUAUUUUAUAUUUCUAUAGUUCAGAAGUGGAAACAGUUUUUAUCAAUAUUAUAAAUGGUUUUGCCGUCAAAAUUCUAAUAUAUUAUUACUUAUUAUAUGGACAAUACCAUUUGCCUCCCCCGCACCUCCCACUACAACCUACGCCCAAGCUCGUAUCCAGGGGGUGGUUUUAGGGGUUCAAACACCCUCCGAAAUUUUUAUAGUAGGUAUAUAUUUAUAAUAUAACAAAGACUAACUACAAACUCUAUAUAUAAUUUAUUUCAUUAAAAAUAUUUUAACCCCCCCUCCCCCCCCCCCCCCNUCGUCUCUUUUUAUUUAAACUAUUUUAAAUGUAAACUUCCUUGGAAGCAUCCAAGACAAGCCGGGCCAAUACCUUCCAAUACAGGAAUUACGAAUCAUACAUACCAAUACAAGAAUUUGAGCGUCUGCUUUCCUUCUACCGGACCCUUGCGGUCAUCGUUUUUGAUGUCUACAUUAUUAUUCUGUAAGAUUUUGUUCGAAGACUCCUCCGAAUAGUCGGACGACAUGAACGUCGGACCGAUAAACGAGAAACAGCAUACGGCAAUCAGGACCAGUGCACCGGAGGGCACCAUGUUAUAGUGAUGGCGAAAACGCAAGUGCAAAAAUAAGACCGGAAGUGUUAUUCGUGUUAAUCUAAUCCAUACAACAAUUCGGCGGAACUGCAGUGCAUAAACGGGCGUUUAGAAAAGACGUGUAACCCGUUUAUCGCAAUAUACUAAGCGGACUUGAUCGAUUAACAGUCAAAUCCGUAUUAUGUAAUACGGAUAAUAAUAUUAUUUAAUAAGAAGAAAUUAAUGACAACCGCAAUGGCUUACAAAUCACUAGUCCGAAAUUGGGUGUCAACAAAAAUUAAAUUCCAAAUUAUUGUUAUAUGAACAAAAAUAUUACGCCAUUAUCCAUAUGAUAUCGUGAUAAGAAAUUUAUUGAGUUGCGGGGAUAGACGUAUGAGCACAUUACUUGUUAAAUUUUCCAAAAGUUUCCAAUAGAUGGCGUUGCACGUGUUUUAAUAUAAUACAACUCUACCCAUUAUAAUAGUGGUCCUCAUUUUCGAGGGUCUAUACUUGAAACGAAUUGAAAUUGAAACUGCAUCGCUUACAAAAAUAUUAUAAUGACUCGGGUUACAUCAGCUUUUGGAAAACAAUAUUUAAAGUAGGUACCUACAAUAUUUUAAGAAAAUAUUUUAGACUUAGUAGAUUGGUUUUACAUUGAUGUUUAUUUUUUCUUUAUUUUUUUUAUUGUGUCAUAAAUUUCUGCCAGAAAUCUUGCUUCGAUGUGUAAAUGUGAAAACAUGUUUGCCUUAUCUUGACACUGUACAAUUUUCAACUAAUUUUAGUCAUUUUUGAGCUAUUUAUAGACAUUAUUUAAUUUUGCGAGUUUUGUACGUCAAAUUUAUUCAGUAGGUAGAUUACCUACUCUAUGAAGACAUUGUUAGACUAAACAAAAAUGCUUGAAAAUUUAAUAGGAGGUUCAUUAAAAGUCGUACUUUGUACUAAAAAAAAUUGAGCUUAAUAUAGUAAGUAUUUUUUUAAUUUUUUUUUUAUAAAGGAAUUUUAAUAUAAAUUUUGACAAAAAUCGUUAUAAAAAAUUAGGUAGAACAAAAUCUAAUUACUGAUCCAUGUAAAUUUUUCAAUUUUUUUUUUUUGAACAUAUUUAUAGAUUUAUUUAAGAACGACAAUAAAAUCAGAAUUGAGUGGAUUGAAAUGGUUUCGACAUUUUUUUGAAGUUAAAUUAGCACGAGUAAAAACUGUAUAAAUAUUUUGUUCCUACAUAUUAUACUUUUUUUAGAGUAAACAGCGAGAAAUAAACAGAAUUUUAUAAAAACACAGUUUACAGAAAUUGUUUUCUACAGAUUUUUUUCAACCGGACUUUUCAUUACUGCACACUUCAUUACUACCAAUUUAAAGUAUAAUACGUUUAUAUUAUUCAUUUCAUUACGUACAUUUCUAUAAUAGUAAAUGUGUUCAACAACGGAAGAGCUCCAUUAAUAUAAUUUUCACUGCAAUAUGCACAAUAGGCCAAAGAUCAUUUAAAUGAUUUAUACAAUAUGUAUUAUGUAUAAAUUAAAUUAUUCUGAUAUAGUGGAUCGUCUGAGAGUGUCAACUAAGUGGCAAACAAAAAAAAUCAGCGCAACUACGCACGUGAGUACACACGCUGUUGUAGGUGAGAAGUUGGAAACGAAGUAGAGGGAAAAUUUAAUGUAUAUCUGUAAGCAACGAUAAAACAUUGCUAACGAAAAAACGACUCUGAACGGGGUUCAGUUUAUAUACUGUAGUUGCUUUGUCAACAAAUAUAUGCCAUAGGUAUUAUGGUAAAAUAUUGACAUAGGCAUUAUAUAUUUUUUUUUAUAAUAUUUGUUUAAUAUUGCACCUAUUUUCCCGGUUUUUCUCAUUUUAUAAGAAAACUAGUGAGAAAAUUAAAAAAUGACAUCUCAAGUACCUCCCUGUCCGACGAUUUCCUUUUAGAAAAGGUGCUACAAUUAAAAAUCGGAGUAAGAUUCGUGGUAGAAAAGUUAUCCACAGAAAAAAAAUAAAUAAAAAUUCACAUCCUUGUGAAAGAUACUGUGGAUGGGUGUAGCCACUGUUGCAAUGGUGCUCCUUGACAAAUUUCAAGAGGGGAGGGGGGUAAAAUAUUUUUCACAUCAAAUAUAAUCCUUAAAAAGAGUAGUCAUAAAAAAAAUUUUUGUUAAAUUUAAAAAUUUAUUUUAUGUAAUAUUACUAAAUAAAAGUCCUUUUUCGGUUUUUUGUUUUGCAAAUCGGUCUAUAAUAUUUUAGUUAGUGGUGCAUGCCGUCCCCCGGUCCCCGCCAAAUUAUCACAGCCAUAUCACAUGGUGAAACCUGGUGCUGCCAAAAAAUAUUAAAAUCAUUGAUUUUUUCUUGAUUUGUUACCGCAGUUAUUAAUAAUAAAAUAAUAUAAACAUAAAUAUAUUACCAGGUUUUUGUUUUAAUAUAAUAUAGGCCAGAGGGAAGGGCGAUCGACCCAUCAACCCUCUCCCGUAGGACCGCUACUGAACUAUUGUAGGUGAGAAGUUGGAAAGAUAGGAAUGAGGGAUCCAUAAAGUUUUUAAUUUAUAUCUGUAUGCAACGGUUAACCAUUGAUAACGAAAACGAUUCGGAGAAAAUUUCGGUAAGACUUAUUUUGAAAUGACGUAAUUUUUACGCAUUUCAUAAUAAUUUGAUCAUAAAACAGUUAUGAAAAAUAAAUGAAUGCAUUUGUGAUCUAAAUAUUAUGAAAACUACUUUAGAUAUUAAAAAAUUACUUUCUUCAUCUGUGGCUAGAUAUUAAAUGGAACAAAAUUAUUGAUAUCUUAAUAUUUUUCAAUUAGAGCUAUAUGUCUUUGUGAAAACAUAAGUUUCAAAAAUUUAAACUGAUAAAACCGGUAACGCUGUGGCGUGCCGUAAAUAUUUGCCAUUUCACCGAUAAUUUUCUUUCUGGUUAUUCUCAAUGAUUUUAAAAACCUCAUAGAAAAUUUAUUUCAUUUUUGAAAAUGAUCGUUCCCCGUUACAGUUUGACACCAUCAAGGUUAAAUACUUAUAAAACACUAUUUCAAUGUUUAGAAAGGGACGUGUACAUUAUGGAUAGUUUAUGAUGAUCUGGAGCAAAUAUUAUGGCACCUAUUAUUAUUAUUAUUAUUAUUAUUAUUAGGACGUAUCGUAUUUGCACUAAAAAAACCAUUCAGUUAAAAAUAGUAAUCAGAUCAUAAUUCAUAAUUUAAUUUAUAAUUUUAGUUCUCCGAGUCAUAAACAAAUUUUAAGUUUACUUUGCUAUUUCUUAAGCAUUUUAUAAAAAAAUAUGCAAUUGCUAUAAAAUCCUAAUCGUGGAAAUAAUACUAAUAACCUGUCUAAUAAUAAUAAAUUGUACUAAUCUGAAUAAUUACCACGAUUAAUAAUGACAAUAAUAUAGGUACUAAUUAUACAUUUAUACUUGUUCAUGUGUUUGUAAAGCACACUGUACAAACUAAACGUUAGUUUAAGUUGUCUUUCACAUCAAAUGAAAUUAAAUGAAACGUUGUACCUACCUAAUUUAAAUUUAAAACUUAUUCGGUCUGUCCACUUAUCCAUGAUCUAUCUACAACAGCGAUUUGCUACUAAACAAUUGAUGUACCUAUCUAUUAUAAAACUUGUUAUAAUUAUUUAUUUAUUUUAAAUUGUAUAUGUUUAUUCAAUUUAUAACUCUGUUGAAUCCAUACCGAAUUAGAUACUACAACAGUGGUUUGUUUUAGAUUCUGAAUGAAGCGAAGAAUGUAUUUUACAAUGAUUAUUAUUAUUUACUUUAUUUGUGGACAACUUUACUAUCAGUAAUUUUGUUCUAAUUUACAAUGAUAGCACUUUUUCUCAAAGAAAAUCUGACUAGGGGGAUACUUUACUGAGGUCAUGUUUUGAUUUCCCUAUUAAAUAGGAAAUAUCUGGAAAAAAACAUGGGAAAACCGGGAAAGAACGUAGGGAAAUCAGAAAAAUAGGUACCUACAAUAUUAAACAAAUAUUAUCAAAGAAAAUAUUUAAAGCAUAAUAUGUAAUUAAUUUUCCAUAAUUUGACAAAGCAAUACUAUCAACCCAACUCAAAUAUUAUCGAACACAAUAUUGUAAAAUUAAUUAUUUCAUAGCUUCGCUCACAAUCUAAAAUUUAUUUACUUAUUUUGGAUUUCGUGUGUAGCGAAGGAGCUAUUGGUUUUAUAAUGCUGUUCAUUUUAUAUUUUUUCUUUCUUUGUUUUAAUUUGUGGACACAUUUUUUCCUAGAAAACUUGCAUAAAUCUUUAUGUGUAGCAACUUUUCUGAAAGCUCAAGUUGUUUAGAUUGUACUUUAAUAAAGUCAUUUUUUAAAUAAAAGCGUUUAAGUGAGAAAAACGCAGGAAAACGUACAAUUUCACGAUUUCAUUAUUUUAUAAAAACACGGACGUUUCUUAUCAGAAAAAAUGAUUUAGUCGAAAAAUCACAAGACACCUUUCUUAUUACCUUUCUGAUUUACUUUCUUACGGUAUCAUCGCCAAGUUUUUCGGGGGCUCUGAGGCCAUUCGAUCAGGUUGAUAUUCUACACUAGAUAAAAGCACUUGUAUAUUUAUGUAAAUAUCUACCUAUUGUAUGCACAUAUUUGCUUGAUUGUUGGUUUACAAGGCUGUGUCCAUAAUAUAAUAUUGUACUUGUAUUAUUUUAUUAUAUGAAAAGAGAGAGAGAGAGAGAGAUAGACUUGAUGUAUGUACCUACUACGCAUCUAUGCAAGGCACCAUGAUGAUGAUUGUUGUCAUACCAUCUAUAAUAGUUAGGUAUGCCAAUUGUCAAAAUAACAAUGUCAUGAGUCCGUUGGCCAUGUCCCCACUUCCCGAGCCAAUUGGCACUAUAGUAGGUAAUAUUUUGUUAUAAAUAGGUAGGUAUAUUAUGUAUGUAUGAGUAAGUAAUCACAGAUCAGUAUUACUUCCCGUAUGUUUUCUCGUGGUCGUGGCACGGCUUAUCAUUCGACGGUUUCCCUUAUCAAAUUCUUACAAAUCAUCAGCUAUACACUUUAAUAGAUUUUCUAGUAGGUAUAUAAUUUUUUUUUACACAUCAAUUUUUUCCUGUUGUGCAGGUUGUAGGUAUAUAUAGAUACCUAAUUGGUAGAAUUUAUAAUUUUCGUGUUUUCAGUGCACACACAGAUAUGAAUACUAUGUGGAGUCCCACACAUGUACAGGUAACGGGUAAGUAAAUCUAUCGUUUUGAUGAUUAUAAAAUUAAAUGUCAUUUUAUUAACGGUGUUUUUUUUUUAUGUAAACAUUAUUUUUCUCUAGUUCAGAGGACCAAGAAUUUAAACAUUAAAAGCAAAAAUGGUAAGUGUAAAUUUCAAUUUAAUUAGAGAUUUACUUAAUCUUAUUACAGAAUCUUAUUAUUUAAUUACUGGCCUUAUACUAAGGACGAUUGUUAAUAUUAUACUUUUCUAUAGAUAAUUCGUUUUUUAAAUUUGUAUCAACUUAUAAUCUUUUUAAUUAGACAAACAUACAUAUUUUAAUACUUUUAUACAUUUAGGUAUUGAAAUAAAAUAGGUAGGUACCCACUUGGUAAACAAUUUUUUCUCUAAGGUAGGUAAAUAGGUACCUAACAGUUAAGAUAUUUGUUCAUUACUCACUCAAUUUAUGAGUCAUUCAAUACACAAUUUAAGUAAUAUUACAUUAUAUACCUUUUUUUUAAGUUUGGUCAAUUUUAGUACUAAUCCAACUAUUUUAAUUUCAUAACAGAAAUCAAUGAUAUUUUCAAGGAAUAACUUGAAUUAUCUCGUAAUGAUAGUUCUUGUUUUAAAAAUAUAAUAGGAAUAAUAAAAUGUUUUUAAUAUUUAUAUCUUAAAUGUAAUUUUAUUAUUAUAUAAGUUACUUAAGUAGGUAUAGUGUAUCAUAACUAGUGUUCAAAUUCACAAAAACUGGUUUAGUGUUUUGUAGUAAAAAUAAUUAUAAAUAAUGUUAUCCAACAAUAUAUUUUAGGUCACAUACCUUUGUUAUAGUUCAUACAUUUAUAAAAAAAACUUAUUGUAUUUAUUUACAAAGAUUAAUAUUAAUACAUUUUUACUACAAUUAAAAAUUAAUAAAAAAAAAGUAAAAUUUUUACCAAUUUAUUAUAUUAAUAUAGUUAUCACUAUGAUUAAUUUAUUCAACAAAUAUUAUAUUAUUUGUGAAUUAAAUAAAUAAUAUGUUUCUUGCUAGCUAGUAAAGAGUAAGUACAUACAAAAAUUAAAUUGCAGUCUACAAAAAAAAAAAACACCACCAGUGCUGUUUUCUACUGAGGUAACUUAGAGAGCAGUAGUAGUUAUCUAAGUUAAAUAAUAAUGAAAAAAUAACAUAACUACACUUCAUAAUAAUCUAUAGUAAAAAAAAAUUGAAAUACUUUUUUUUUUAAAAUAAUUAUAUAGUUUUAAUUUAAAAAAGUUAAAUAAUUAUUAUCAAGUAUAUGUUUUUGUUUUUAAAAAAAACCCACUUUAGAUAAAUUCUUAAAAUGUAGUACCUACAUAAUUUACUGUUAAUGAAUAUAUUUGGGUAGAUAUUACAAAUGCAUACUUUACUAAAUUAACUUCAAUUUACUAUAUGAAAAGUAGACUUAUUAAUGCAAUAUUGAUAAUUUAUUUUAAUAUUACCAUUAUUUAAUUUAAUUUAUACUGUGUUCAAUAUAUUUCUUUAGCUAAAAAUGAUGUGUUUGUCACAAUUGGUCUGGGCAAAGAAAAAUAUCAAACUUCUCCCAAAGAAAAAGAGAACCAAGCUGAAGUUAUUGAGUGGCAUGAAGUUUGUGAACUGUGAGUUAAUUUAUUAUUUAUAUUAAAAUUUGAAAUAUGAAAUUAUAUUUUAACUAUUUUAUGAUUUAUUUUUUUAGCCAAAUUCCAAAACAAGGGAAUACUGCAGAAUUAAUAUUAAGUAUACUCCAUAGAAAUUUUUUAGGAUUGGAUCAAUUUUUGGGUCAGGUAUCAAUACCAUUAGCUGAUAUUGAUGUUUAUGAACGACCUAAAAGCAAGUAUGUUUUUUUUUAAAUUUAAAUAUAUUUGACAUUUAGUAAUUAUAAAGAAAAGUUAUAUAUAAACUUAUAAAUUAUAUGGUGCUCUCAUUGAACAGUUUCCUUUGUUUACUGUUAUUAUCUAUGUAUUCAUUUUUGUUCUACAUAAUAUUUAAAAAUAUUAUAAUACCUUUUAACCAAUUGAACUUCUACUUGUAAUAGGUAUAUAAUAGAUAUACCGACUUAUGUUAUUUAUAUGAUUUUAAAAAAAUAAUAAUAAUUGAAAAGUUGUACUUUAAUUUAAUUUCUGAAUUAUUAUACUUUUAGGUGGUAUCCAUUAAAAGGGAAAAAUGGACAAGACAAUAAAAAUCGUGGUGAAUUACAGGUUAAAAUUGCAUUUACAGUUAAAUCUGGUAGUCUGCUUGAUUUAAGUAAGAAAGAAAAACACAGAUUAUCUGUUGGACAAUUAUCUUCAAAUAUAAGUAAGUUUAAAUUUGAAUAUAUAUUUUUUUAAAUUUUUAUUUGUAUUAGUCUUUUUACCAUUAUUGAGUUUAUUAAGUAGGAACAUAUUUGAGGAACAAUUUUCAAGAGGAUAUACGUUUUUAAUAAGUUAUAAACAUACUGUAUUGUAUUGCUUCAAAGUAUAAACUCAUAGUGUAUAUGAAAAUAAUUUUUUUGUUUUGAUGGAAAGGGUGUACUGGAGUCCUACAUUUUUAUAUUAAAAUUUUUAAAAAAUCUAUCAUUAAUCUUAAAAAAAAAAAUGUCUAUAUUACAUUAAUAAGUUUAUCUAGAUAGGAUAUAUUAUAACAAAAUAAUAAGUGAUGUAUUGCAAAGUGUUAUGGUAGUGGUUUUGUAGUACAAAGUCUAUCUGUCUUUUUUUUUUUUUUUUUUGCAAAGGGGUCCGAUAACAUUAUCUGGGUUGAUUUUAAUUGUCUAUGCAUACUUAUAAGUUUUUUAUAUUUGAAUAUAUGAUUGUAGAAACAUCACAAGUCAAUUUUUUAAAACUUAAUAUUUAAUAAAAAAAACUGUAUAAUAUCUGUAAAAAUAAAUUUAAUUUAAGAGUAAAUAGUUACUGAAACAUCAUACGAGGGCGUACCCAAAAGAAACCGAACUGAUGUUGUAUGGGACAGAAUUUUAGUAGUACCAAUUUUUUUCCGAUAGGAGCUUAUAAAUAUACUUCUCAACAUUCAAUAUGCCAAUAUGCCAAUAAAAUUCAAUAUGUCAUCGUGGAAGGUUGUGUUACGUUGGUGUGAUAUUUUUUUUAAAAGUUAUUUUUUGUAAUGGCUGAUUUGCGCGAACAGCGCACAGCNUAUUUGAGUGGUUUUCCCGUUUCAAAAGUGGUGAAAUGUCGAUAGACGACCAAGCUCGCCCUUCGUUGGCGUAAACCAAAGAAAAAAUUCACAAAAUUAUCCUGGAAGAUCGAAGGCAAACCAUUGAAGAAGUAGUGGAGAGAUCUGGUGUGACAUGGAGUUCAGUACAGAGAAUUUUAAGUGAAGAUUUGUGGAUGAGACGGGUGGCUGCAAAAUUUGUUCCUCGACUGCUAACUGAGCAGCAAAAACAAGGCCUUGUGGAAUUAUGCUUUUCUUUGAAAGAAGAAUUCCAAAAUGACUCAAACUUCUUUUCCCCGAGGUCAUUUCAGGUGACGAAUCAUGGUGCUAUGGAUAUGAUCCUGAAACCAAGCAACAAUCGAGCCAAUGGAAGACUCCAGCAUCGCCCUAAAAAAGCUCGUCAAGUGAGGUCAAACAUUAAGACAAUGCUCAUUUGUUUUUUUAAUGUGAGAGGAGUCGUCCAUUUGGAGUUUGUUCCACCUGGUCAGACAGUUAACCAGGCUAGAGUUGUUAAAAAGAUUACGCAACAGUUUGAGGCGAAAAAGACCUGAUUUUUGGCAGUCAGGACACUGGUUUUUUCAUCACGACAAUGCUCCUGCUCACACAACCCUUUCUGUACGGUUUUUCUUUCGGUACGGUCUUUUUUUUCUUUCUGGCGGUUUUUGACCAAAAAUGAUAUGAUCACUGUGUCCCAUCCACCCUAUUCAUCCGACCUGUCUCCCUGCGACUUCUUUUUAUUCCCCAGGAUGAAAAGGAACAUGAAAGGAAAGCGUUUCGCGGAUAUUGAUGAAGUUAAAAAAAAAAAGACGGAGGCGUUGGCAGGCAUCACAAAAGAUGAGUUUAAAAAGUGCUUCGAAAAUUGGAACAAAAGAUUGGACAAGUGCAUUAACUCCAAUAGAGAGUACNCUUCGACUGCUAACUGAGCAGCAAAAACAAGGCCGCGUGGAAUCAUGCUCUUCUUUGAAAGAAGAAUUCCAAAAUGACCGGAACUUCUAUUCCAAGGUCAUUACAGGUGAUGAAUCAUGGUGCUAUGGAUACGAUCCUGAAACCAAGCAACAAUCGAGCCAAUGGAAGAUUCCAGCAUCGCCUCGCCCUAAAAAAGCUCGUCAAGUGAGGUCAAACAUUAAGACAAUGUUCAUUUGUUUUUUUGAUGUGAGAGAAGUCGUCCAUUCGGAGUUUGUUCCACCUGGUCAGACAGUUAACCAGGCAUUUUACCUAGAGGUGUUAAAAAGAUUAUGCAACAGUUUGAGUCGAAGAUCUGAUUUGUGGCAGUCAGGAGACUGGUUUUUUCAUCACGACAAUGCUCCUGUUCACACAGCCCUUUCUGUACAGCGGUUUUUGACCAAAAAUGAUAUGACCACUGUGUCCCAUCCACCCUAUUCACCCGAUCUGUCUCCCUGUGACUUUUUUUUAUUCCCCAGAAUGAAAAGGAACAUGAAAGGAAAGCGUUUCGCGGACAUUGAUGAAGUUAAAAAAAAACAACGGAGGCGUUGGUAGGCAUCACAAAAGAUGAGUUUAAAAAUUGCUUCGAAAAUUGGAACAAAAGAUUGGACAAGUGCAUUAACUCCAAUGGAGAGUACUUUGAAGGAGAUUAAAUGUUUUUUUGUAAAAAAAUUAAAUAAAUAACUUUGUACAAAAAUAGUUCGGUUUUUUGGGGGGUACGCCCUCGUAUGUACUCGUAUACUGAUUAUAUAUAAUAUUGGUGUAAAAAUAAUUACAGAUAUGAUGAACUGUUCGAUUUCUGAACUGAAAAUUGUAAAUAAUCAAACUAAACUAUUAGGUAUUUAGUUUGGUUUUAAAAUUCUGCAUGUUCUGUGGUGGGCUAGAGUGGCUUUGUUAAGAAAAAUUUUAUUUUUUUUCGUAUUAGUGGAUCCCUGAAUCCUAAAUCACAGAGUGGAGCUGUUCGAGAAUCUAGAUUUUUGACCUAACCUAACCUAACCUUUUUACUUUUUUAAUGUUUGAGAAAGUUUAGUUUGGUUUUGUUCGAUCUUAAAAGUCAAAGCUUGUACUAACAUAUUUAACUAACAUAUCUAUCUAUAUAACAUAACUAACAUAUCUAAAAAUAAUUUAAUUUGUGUUUAUUAUUGACUUUCAAAGUUUGAAAAGAAGACUUAAAAUAUGUAACUCGCGAUGGUUCUGCAAUCAUUGAUUUAUUUUCAUUGUGAAGAAUUUGUGUUCUGUUGGUAGAAGUCAAAAAACCAGUAAUGUCCUCAAUAAUUUCAAAAGAAAUUAUAUAUUAAAUUUAGAUAAUAUUCAUAUUUAACAUAUUUAUACGUUGAAACAUACAUUCAAUGUAUGCCUCAAUAGCUGAAUUUAGAGGUUCUUUUUUAUUUGGUUAUGACAUUUUAUUUUGAAAACUUCUAUAACUUUCUAUUAGAAGUGAUUCCAAAUUCAGAAAUUCUGAAUACAUUUUAAAAUUACUUGACUCAAUUUCAAAUUUGGUGUAUAUUUUUGGUAAUAAUUUGUGGUGUGAAGAAAAUUAUAUUUUGUAUUAAACCUGGUUUGAAGUUGUUUGAUGCUAAAAAUAUAUUCAAGUAUAAUAAUACUCUUCAAGUGAAUUUUUUAAUAACAUUCAUUUGAUUGUUUUGAUGAUCAAGAAUUCUAGCUAUUUUUAAAUUUUCUUCAUCAUCAAUUGAUUUGAUGAGAUACUUUGCUUUGAAAAUCUCUUGUAGGAAUACUGAGUAGACAUAUUGUGUAUUCUUAAUCUCAGUUUUGGAUUUGUCAAUUUGAACUUCUUAGUGAUCUUUAUCAUUUUCUACUUUUGUAUGCUCUGGAUGGAUUGUUAUUCAGUUAAAAAAUUAUAUUGGGUUUAUUUGUUAUAAAUUUGUCUGUGGAACUUCUUAAUUUUGUUAUCAUAUAUUUUAAUUAUAAUUAGUGUUAACUCUAGAUAAAAGUGCUAAUAAUCAGAUUGCUGGACUGGGAAUUAUAUCCAAUUAUCUUGAUUUUGGGCCUAACCUUUGACACUAUUAACUAGUCUCCAACAUUAAUAACUGUAUUGAACAAAUGAGAUGUAUACCUUUGGCCACUUAAAAAAAUUAAAACAAAAUUAAACUAGGACUCUAUAUUAUUCACAUUGACAUAUAUUACAAAUAGAGUUACUAAACAUAGUUUUAGUUAGUAUACAUUUUUAAAUAUUAUUCCUAUAUUUAUUAUAAUAAAAGUAAGAAAUUUAACAAAGAUAAUAAUCAGUAGUGUAGUUAAGUUACAACACCAUGUACUCCUUAUUUUUCUAAACAAUAUGUCUAUACAACCCAAAAAUGAAAUCCACAGGUACAUGCAUGAUAAUUUUUUUUUUCAUGCCUUCAACUGAAUUUUAUUUAUAUAAAUAGUCCACCCUUGAGUGAAUGGAUUUUUGAACAAUAUAUAAAUAAUUAGAUAGUUAAACAUAUAACUGGAAAUGAGAAAAGAUCCAGAAAAGUUAGUCACAUCACUACUUUGAAUCCCCUAAAGAAAAAUGUGAAGUAUUUUUAUUGAAAUAAAUUAUUAAUUUAUACAAAUAUUUUUGAUUUAUUAUUUUAUGAUGUUUUGAAUAACUAAAACUAAGUAAUAAUUCUAUAAUAAUAAUAUUAAGACAUCAGGGCCUAAAAUAAAUAAAGCUUUAUACUGCUUUAUAUUUUUUAAAUGCAUGCCCCUUUCAAAAUACUUAUAAGCAAAAAAAAAGGGUCAUCACCUUGAUUGUUUACUUUUGGGUAUUCACCCAUGCCUUCAUAAUAAUCAGAAAACAAUUACAAUAUAACUCUAGAAUAGUCAACACACUUUUUAAUUUCAUACUGUACUUUUAUGAUUUUGUAUUGCACUAAUAGUGUAGUACUGCACAUUAUUUUUGAUUUUUAUAUGAGGCAUGUACCUACUAAUUUAUUUUUGAGUACAAUACUGAUAACAAUAGCAUAAUAUUCAAAAUAAAUGUAGGUCUAUAGAAAAAAGGCAAAAUAAAGCCUAAAGUUUUAUAAAGGUUGCGUUUAUAUAUAUCUAGUUUUAAUUUAAAAAAUCAUCACAAACCUAUGUCUGUACAUAGAAGAUGUUUUUAAACUUAUUUUCCUUAAUUACAUUAAUAAAUAUUCAUUUCUUCCAAUAGAAAAUUAAUGUAAUUGUUGUUUUAGUUUAUCAAAAUUAACAGUAUGAUUAUUUUAUUUUAAAACAUGUUUUACAAAAUUAGAAUAAGAAAAAAUUUCCUUUAAUUCUAUUUCAGAGAUAUGAUUUUGUAUCUAGUUUUAAAGUUCCUAUUAGUUUUACCUAUAUAAAAUGUAUUGCAAUUAUUGUAUUAAAGUAAAUCAAAAGUAGUUUUUUCAUGUAAUCCUUGGCACUAUAAUUUAUUUAGUUCAUUGAAUUAUUACUAGUCUUAAAAUAGACUAACAUUAUUAUUAUUGUUUAGAAUUUUUUAGAAUUAAUUCAUAUUACAAUAAUUAAAAUAAUAAUAACUAUAAAAUUAAUAGUAGAGAUAUAUACUUAUAAUGACUCAAAGAAAAGUUGUAUAAUUUCUUUUAAUAAAAUUGGUUCUUUCCUAUGUAUUCCUCAUUUUAAUUUUAUAUUCAGUAUUAUUUUUCUGUUUUUGCUCUUCUAUUACUUGAUGCAAAUGAUACUUAUCAUGCAAAAUAAAUAAACAAACAAACAUCCAAGUAUUACUUUGAUGGAGGUUUUUUUAAAAAUCAAAACUGAUCCUAUUUACACACAACCUUUAUAAUAUUUUAGACUUUAACAGUUUGGUUAUUUCUUUUAUAUAUGUAUAUAUGUAUAUAUUUGUUUUGCAUGAUGUAUAUGUAUGUAUAUGUUAUAUACCGUGUGUCUCGUUUUAAAUGUACCACUAAAUAUCUCAGCCCGAUAAUCUUAGAUUGAAAUAUGGUUUGCUGCAAUAGCUAAGGGGUACUAAAGUACUCAUUUAAGGACAAAUUUCAAAUUUUUAACUCUUGUUGUAUGCGCAUGCGCAAUACAAAUUUUAUUUUUGCUGAACUAGAUCAGCCCUAUAAGGAUGUAACUUGUAUUUUUUGAAUAUUUUGUGUACCUUUGUUUUUGAAAAGCCAAAUUAUCUAGCNUUCCAACAUCGUCGGUAGCAAAGUUAAGAAAUCUGAAUAACGUCUUCCAUUAAGAGUACCGUCAUAAAAAUGUAGACCUAUUAAAUUUCUUCCUAAUAAUCCGCACCACACAUUUGUGCCCCAUACUGUUUGAUAAUUUGUAUUAACUGCCCAAUGUGGAUUUCCGUUUGACUAAUAACGGUUAUUCUGCUUAUUUAAAACACCAUUAUUGGUAAACUUUGAUUCAUCGGUUCACAAAAUGUAAUUUAAAAAUAAUGGGUCGUUAUUUGUACAUGUUGUUAUUCAUGCAAUAAAUGUUAAUCUACGUUCGUUAUCACCUUGGUGUAAAUGCUGAACUAGAUCAGCCCUAUAAGGAUGUAACUUGUAUUUUUUGAAUAUUUUGUGUACCUUUGUUUUUGAAAAGCCAAAUUAUCUAGCAACAUGUCUUAAAGAUGAGUGAGGAUUUAAUUGAAUGUUAUAAAAAUAAUCUACUAUUAUCAAAGUACUAAUAAUAAAACUGGAAAAAUGUCAAUAACUUUUAUCGCACAAUAAUAACACAAAUUACGUCAUUGUCAAUUUAGUUGGUAAAUUUAUUUUUAAAUUAAUUAAAUUUAAAUUAGCUAUACAUUUGUUUAGGUAAUUUUGUAUUAAAUUAUUUAAAUGCAUUUCAUUUUAGUUUAAAAAUGAUUUACUUUUGUAUCAAAUUCAAGAGUGUAAUGUUUUUGGUAAAAUCGAAAAAAUUUAAUUAUUUUAAAAUUUCAAAAAGCUGUAACUCAUUCAAUUUUAGGUUUAGAACUAUGGUCAAUGGAUCAAAAUUNUUGCAAUUUAAAAAAAAAAAUUUGUAUUGCGCAUGCGCAUACUACAAGAGUUAAAAAUUUGAAAUUUGUGCUUAAAUGUGUACUUCAGUACCCCUUAGCUAUUGCAGCAAACCGUAUUUCAAUCUAAGAUUAUCGGGCUGAGAUAUUUAGUGGUACAUUUAAAACAGGACACGGUAUAUUAAUAUGCUUAUAAAUAUAUUUCUUUUAAUAUACAGUGAAACCUAUGUAUACUGGACAGUUAGGAGAUCAUAAAAAGUGUCUAGUAUAGACAGAUUUCAUUGUAUGUAUUUAGUAAAACUUAGAUAUUAUGUAAAUUUUUUAUGAAAUUAUUUAUAUAUUUAUUAUUUACUAUUUAGUACAAAGAAUAUGUACAUAUGUAUAUACAGUAUAAUAGUUAAAAAAACCAAUAUAAUUGAAAUUUAUUUGUCCAGUGUUCUUGUUUUUCAUCAUCUAAUUGUUCAUCAUCUGCUUCAAUUGGAUUAAUUGAUUAAUCAUUGAAUAGUCUUUAUGUUUCUGGUUAUUUCCGUCCUCCCAAUUAACUUGAUAUUUAUUAUAUAGGACAUGUAACCUAUUAUAAUUAGUAUUAAAAAUAGACCAACUAGACCAUCUACUAAGAUAGGUUUUACUGUUUUUAUAAAUUCAUUGAUAUUUAGUAUUUUCCUAAUAUUAUAAUUUUAUGUUGAUAUUUUUUUCUAAAAUGCAUAAUAUACAUUUUUUUUUUUCAUAAAUAAAUAAAAUCUGUCAUUUAUGUGGAUCAUAAGAAAAAUACCUAUCACUAUGACCUUAUUUACAGCUACCUAUGAAUUCUUAUAGGUUGUAUUUAUAUGUUUAGAAAAAUAAAUAUAUUUUAUUUUUUGUAAUUUUUUUGUGUUUUUGUGGCAAAUUACAGUUUAUUUUAAUAUUUGUUAGGUCAUAUUAUAGCACAUGUUUCAGUUAUUUUCAGUGCUAUAAAAUCAGAGCUCUGAUUAUAAUAUUGUAUGUAAUCAAUUUAUAAUUAUAAUUUUUGGCUGUUUAUUGAUUAUACAGCGAUAAUAAUUAUAUAUUUAUAACUUUUUUAGAUGGAAGUUUACUCAGUCUAAGCAGUGUUGAUAAAAAAUCAUUCAAAAAACUAGCCAAAACAAUAAGUAAUUAUUUGUUGAAAUGUUUUUAUUUGCAUAGUGACUAAUGUAUUGUUUUAAAUUUUAGCCAGUAAAAUAAAGAGAGAAAAAAAGAUACAAGAAAUAUCUUCAUCUAGCAUUAAUUUAAGUGUGGAAAAUCCAAACAAACAAAAAUCUUCACAAGAAAGAUUUGACUGUGAUCCGGGUGUUAUUAGUGAUGAUGACGAAUUUACAGUAACUAUAAUACAUUUCUAUAAUAUUAUUAUGGUUCUAGGAAAAAAUGCUCUAAAAAUAUAUUAUUUAAUUAAUUAAUUUUAAUAUAUUAUAAAAUUGAUACAUGUUUGAUAUAACAAUAAUAAUUCUCAACAAAUCGAAAUAAUGUGUAAUAUAUUAUAGUAUAUAAUAAAAAAAAUAAAAAAAUAAAAUGUAACAAAAUUUACUUGCAUUGGUUUUUUAUAAUUUUUGUUAUCUACCUACACUACAGUGGAAAAAUCUUGACUUAAAAUUAUUGUUUGUAAUUUUCUUUUUACUGUUAUAUGUAAAAUUAUAUUAUACAUAGUUAUGUAUCAAUAUUUAAAAUUAUAUAUUACACAUUAAAAUAUAAUUUUUAUUUUUUGGAUAUUUUCAUCCACUAGACAUGUUUUUUCCAGAUAUUUUUACCUAGAUUUAUUAUUAUAUAUAUGUAUAUUGUUUAUUUAUUUAGCUUGAAGAGUUAUCUCAUAAAGGUUCAGCUUGUUCUUUGGAAACUAAUGUUCAGUCUGAACACAAAGGUCUUAAUAGCUCUUCCCCUAUUACUUUAAAUUUACAUGGAUCAUUUGAAAGUGUUGGUAAUUCAGAUAUAUUGAAUAAAUCUCCUAUUAUGAAUCGAUCCCCAGUCUCACAAGAUGAAUGGCAGAAAAAGCUUUAUCGAAACAAAGGUAUAAAAAUGAAAAAAAUUACUUUGUUUAACAUUAAUAUUGCACUGGGAAUAGUGUUGUUAAUAUAAGUAUUUUCAGAUAAUACAUUAAAACUUGCUGAUACGUUGAAAUCUAAAUUGAAAGAUACUGACCAAAUACCUAUCAACCAUGAUAGAACUAAAGACAAAAGCCCAACUCCUUCGCUUAAAAAUAGUCCUAAAGUGCAAAAAAAAAAUACAAUUUCACCUCUUGAUGAUCGGUCUUCCAACACUAAAGAAAUCAAUCAAGAAAAUGAGACUUCACAGAGUAAUUUAGAAUGCUAAAACUAUUUAGUUUUAGUUCCAUAAAUUUAUACUAUUAAUAAUUUUAUGUUGUACAUUUGUCUGUUUUGAACAUUCUAGAAAGUAAAUCUACAUUAUCUUCAUGGAACAAAGCCUAUGAGCGUAUUAUAAUUGGUAAAGAAAAAGAUUCCAGUCAUAAUCAAAAUACACAUUCAAAACAUUCAUCAGAAAUUCUCCAAAAGUUUGAAGGCAAAUCCAGAGAUGUAAGCAGAAUAUAUUUAUUGCCUUUUUUAAAAAAGUAUAAAUAAUUAUAAAUCUGGCUUUUAGGAUUUGAUUGAAAUGGUUAUCCAACUACAAUCCAAUCUAUGUGAAGAAAUAAAACAAAAAGUUGAACUAGAACAAUAUUUGGACAAGUUAUUAUUGCGUGUAAUGGAAACUUCUCCAAAAAUCUUGCAGACACCAUACAUUUGUUAUGGUCGAAAAACAGCCAUUUGAUGUAUAAAGAAUACAAAAAUAUAAUUUUAACAUAUUUUAUAUUUUAUUUUAAAAUUACUGGGUAACUCAUUCAAAAUAACAAAUAUGUCCACAAGUCACAUAGGUACAUAUUAUGUUAAUUUUGAGUUCCUAGUUUACAAAAUUGGUAAACAUAAGUGAGCUUACUAUUUUUUUAAAUUAUUAAGUAUUUUUAAUAUUAUGAAAUAAUUAUAUUUUUUUUACUGUAAAAUAAGUUUAUAUUUUUUUAGAUUAUCAGUUAACUGCAUGUGUUUUUUUUCAUAUUUUGUUGUAUGUUUAUGUUGCUAAUGCAAUUUAUGCAUUACUUAGAUAAUUUUAUCAGUUUAUUACACAAUGCCUGUAUUGUCAUACUAACCAUAUAAUUUCUGUUUUUGGUUGUUGUGUAAGUGUGUAACUUACAAUUUUAUGAAAUGCAUAUAAUAUUUGUAAUAUUAUUGUAUAUGGGUAUUAAUGUAUUUUUAAACAAUUAAGUUACAUAAUAUAUUCUUCCAUUUAAGUUGAAACAAUAAGUGUUAUAAGUUUAAUGUAAUGUUGUAAUUUUAUGUUUUAUUUUAUAAAAACAAUAAUAGCCACUAUUA